AUGUUGACCAAUAGCAACGUCUUGAUAUAUUUCUGCGCGGUCGCGUGGUGCACCGCCCAAAGGCUGACCUACGAUCAGCUUUUGCCCAACAGAAACAAUGGCAGGAAUGUCCGAAUGACGCCGGCCGUGAGUGAAGACAUCGUCAUGACACCUGGGCCCACCGGAAUCAGGAGACAGCCGUCGUUUCCGGGAUCGAUGCCUUUCCCGUGCAAGAACAUGACGUCUCCCGGACUCGGCAGGAGCAUCGUGAGACCGACCAGCGUGCACAGGCUUCGGCCCGGCGACAUUGACGUGGUGGGAGCCAUGGGUGACAGUCUGGUGGCCGGAAACGGUGCGCUCGAGGAAUUCGCCAUGGGAACGUUGAUCGAGUACCGAGGAGUGUCGUGGGCGGCAGGCGGCGAAGCUACGUGGCGGAACUAUCUGACGCUGCCCAACAUUCUCAAGGAAUUCAACCCCGGGCUGAAGGGUUAUUCAGUGGGAAAAGGCGAAUUUCUCGCGCCUAACUCUCACAUGAACGUCGCUUUCCCCGUGUCGGCCGACUUCGACGCGUACAGGCAGGCGCAGUUCUUGGUGAAGAAGAUGAAAAAAGACCCGGACGUUGAUUUCAAAAAUGACUGGAAGUUGAUAACCAUGUUUUUCGGCGCCAACGACUUGUGUUCAGGACAAUGUUACGACAAGGACGGCACGACUCCGUUACAGCACAGCAAGAAACUGCAAAAAGCGUUAGACUACCUCCAGACCAAUCUUCCCAGGACGUUCGUGAACCUCGUACCCGUCUUAGACGUGUCGGUCAGCGUACGCGUGAAGAGGUCGUUCAUGUGCCAUAUGCUACACAGGUUCUUCUGUACCUGUUUCCACCAGAAAGGAGACGAAAUGGAUCAGAUCACUCAAAUGGUCCGAGAUUAUCAGACUGCCGAACAGAUUUUGAUCAACAGUGGUCGAUACAACAAAAAAGAAGACUUCACCGUAGUCAUCCAACCGUUCAUCAAACUGUUCAACGCGCCGCUGGACAAGAAGCGGCAAUUUGAAGAGGUCAUAGACAUAUCAUACGUCACCUACGAUUGUUUCCAUUUCAGUCAAAAGGGACACGCUUUAGCUGCCAAUUUGCUGUGGAACAACAUGCUGCAACCCGUUGGCACAAAAUCCGAGAACACGAUGGACUUCAUCAUGAAGGACUUCGUCUGUCCGACGGCCCGCAGCCCGUACAUAUUCACUGCCAACAAUUCGGUGCCAUUGGACUAUCGAAACGACAACAGGCUCAGAUGAACGAACAAUCGUCGAGCGUCUUUCGGGUCGUAAAAAAAUGUACGCGAGUACACACGACGUAGAUCAUCAUCGAUACAUGCAUAAUUUAUAAUUAUUAUCGUUUUUAAAUUUAUUGUUUUAUACUGUGUAUACAUUAUUAUUUUUUCAAAUGAUUUCUCGACGUUCUUUCAUUAUUAUUUUUACUAUUAUUAUUAUUAUUAUUAUUAUUAUUAUUAUUAUUAUUAUUAUUAUUAUUAUUUUAAGUUUUGCAUAAAAUAAUUUUACGCGUCUUGUACACAAGGCGUGUGUACAUCAUCACGUCGGUCGUUGAGUUCCGAGAGUAUCCGGUCACCUAUUAGUAUUGUUAUUAUUAUUAUUAUAAUGACGUUACAUAGAUAAUGUAUAAUAAUACGGACAAAUUGCAUUUCCUCCCAUCGUAUAUAUAUGUAUAUGUGCAUAAAUUGCAACGCGCGUGUUCAUCCUAUCCGUUUUGGAAUAAUUUCUGCAUUCCGCGUUUGACGUCAGAUACCAAUUUAACACCAGGUACCUUAAAGACUUUUUAUUUUAUUUUUUUAGGUUUUUUCAUAUUUAUAUUUUUUUUUCGUCUUACACAAUACUCGUGAUCAUGGGUAAUUCCAGAUCACUGAAAUUACCAUAGCGUAUACAUGAUAAUAUUAUGAUUGUUUUUAAAUAACGAUGUUUAUCGAUAUAACACUACAAUAAAAACAUGUAUUAAAAUAUUGA